AUGAAAAAGAUUCUGGAAAAGCGAUAUCGUUUCUUAUUCAAAAAUAUAUGUAGAAUGUUAAACGAGAAAGAAAUCGAAGCGACUAAUGUUAGAAGGGUAGCAUUCAUCGGAGUGGCUCUGUCCACCGUUGCUACUCUCGUUUGCGUGAUCUCCGUACCGAUGCUCUAUAACUAUUUACAACAUAUGCAGUCUGUUAUGCAAAAUGAAGUUGAUUUCUGCAAAUCACGGUCUGGAAAUAUUUGGCGUGAAGUCACACGAACACAAUUUUUUCGAUUCUUGUUCAUUUUGUCGCUUUAUAAGUUUCUUAUAUUUAACCCGAGUUCUCUACAACAUUUCAUUAAAAUUUGUAGGCUAUUAAUAGUGAUCGCCAAAGGAGAGCGCACCAAACGUCAAGCACCAGGAUGUUGUGGAUGCGGCAUUUCACAGCAAGGACCACGUGGGCUUCCUGGACGUGAUGGAAAGGAUGGAGCUGAUGGUGAGCAAGGGGCGCCUGGAAGAGAUGGGCCUGAUGGCCCACCAGCCACUCCAGCACCAAGAUAUGACCCAUGUUUCGAGUGCGCAGAUGCUCAAGCUGGACCGCCAGGAAGUCCAGGCCCCAAAGGACCUUCAGGAAAGCCAGGACGUCCUGGGCCCAAUGGUGGUAACGGUAACCGAGGUCCACCAGGUCCAAUGGGUCCAGCAGGUCCGGCGGGCAGGCCUGGUCCAGCUGGACGAAAGGGGCCUCCAGGGCCAGCAGGAGCAAUUAGAGAGGCUGCAGCGCCUGAUGGUCCACCUGGAUUGCCAGGACCAGUGGGAUCUAGAGGUCAGCCAGGGCAGCCCGGAUCUGCAGGCAAACGAGGUAAGGAUGGAUCUGUGGGGCAAGCUGGUCAACCUGGAAAGAGAGGACCACCUGGUAAAGAUGGCCCUAAUGGCGAAAAAGGCCCUGAUGGUGAAGCUGGGUCUCAUGGGGCUUGUGACCACUGUCCUCCACCAAGAACAGCCCCAGGCUAUUAG